AUGGUUUCCUUCACGCUGGACGACAGGCAAAAGGCCCUCGUGGCUGAGGUUCGCGGAAUAGCCAAGGAUGCUCUCAGCGGUGCGCAUGCUGUCUACUCAAGGCACCUUGAUCAAGCCGACCGAUUCAAAGCCACACGUCCAUUUUACGAGAAGGCGAUCAAGGCUGGUCUGCUGCAGUUACUCAUCCCCAAAGCAGUUGGGGGUAGGUCGGAGUCAUUCCUGGACACUGCGAUAAUCUUGGAGGAGCUGCAUGGUGUCGAUUCCAGUAUCGUGGUGCAUGCCGUCGGCACUGCCCUUGGCCUACUGCCACUGGUCAUAGCCGGAACUCCCGAGCAACAGAAAAAGUAUUUCCAGCCAUUCAUCAGUGGCGAAGGUACUCCCCUUGCCAGCCUUGCUCAUUCAGAGCCCCAGGGGACGGCAAACUUUUUGGAAAAGGGUGGGAAGGGGUUUGGCGUCACAGCUCAAAAGGACGGCGACUUUUAUAUCAUCAAUGGCGAAAAGUUAUGGACAACCAACAUCGCAGGCUGGGACGAGAAAGGGGCCGAUUUGACCAAUCUCUGUGUCCGUUACGCUGAGGACACUGGUCCAGAGAAGCCUGAAAAUGACCCAGCAGACAAUGUCAUGAUUGUCGCCAUUACUCGAGACGUCGUGGCGCAAAAUGAUCCGGAAGCAUUUAAAGUCCUUUCCGAGCCAAACUUGAUGGGCCACACAGGUGCGAGCGGUCCGCAUACGAGGUACACCAACUUCAGGGUACCCGUCGACGCGUGUCUGUUUCCACCGGGCAAAGCCACGGCUGUCAUCGAACAAUCCUUUGGCGUCACUGCUGCAUUGGUCGGCGCUAUGGCUCUUGGGACUAUGCGCGUUGCUUUCGAAACUGCCUUGGACUUUGCCAGGCGGGACAAUCGUGGCGGAUCGGUGCCGAUCAUCCAGAGACAAAGUCCCGCAGAUUUACUGAUCAAUGCCAAGAUCAAGAUUGAUACCUCCCGUAUGAUCGUCUGGAAAGCCGUGGACGCCCUGGAGAAUGGACCCGGCAACGCCCAGGAACGCUUCGAAACCUGUCUCGAGGCGAAAAUAUAUCCCAGUGAUGCCUCAGUUGCCUGCGUGUGGGAAUGCAUGCAAGCCGUUGGAAUGAGCUCAUACGGCAAUGGCUCUAUCUUUCCCCGACUGUUGAACGAUGCGGCCGUCUUUUCGUUGUUCGACGGAGGCAACAUUGGUAUUAGGCGACGCCAGUUCCAGAGACUCCUAGCUAGCCCAGACUAUCAGCCAUGGGCCAAUUUCAAUUAA